CGGUCCCGAAGCUUUUCUCUUCAAUGACUACCUCAACCCGGAACCUAGUGAGCUUAUCUGGAGUCUCCUCUCCCAAAGCCAAGAUAAUCAAGAUGACAUUGCCGGUACUGGCAACCUCUCAUCAACUGGCUUGGGUAUUGAUUUUGACUGGAACGAUCCGCUCAAUGCGGCCGACAUACUCUAUCCAACAACUUUCCCGGCGGAGCCAGAUAAUGUACUGGCGCCCGAGAUGGAGCACCCACCGACCCAGUCCUUAGACUCAAUAGAGUUAUCAGUAAUGCCUCGACCCGUAACAAGUACUUUACCACGAAAGAGGUCAAGGUCAAGCUCCUCGUCAUCACCAGAAUCCAGUCAAUCGCACAAGCGCCUGAUACCGUCUGCCGUUCAUCGAUGCAAGUGGGCCCUCUGCUUGGAGACUUUCAAUCAGCCUUCAGAUCUGCGAGCCCACGUCCGAACUCAUGCAGCUUCUCAGACCAAAUGCAGGUGGAGCGAAUGCCUCAAAGUCUCAGACUCUACACCCAAUCUAAUGAGGCAUUUGGAUUCACACACAAAACCGCACACCUGCUCCGACUGUGAAUAUCGAGGAGCUACAAGGAGAUGUCUCUCCCGGCACAAAGUCCGACAUGGCUUCACUUCUGGUGUCUCCAUAUACUAUUGCCCCGCUCGCACAUGCCCAUACGGACAGGAUGGGCACAAACCGCCAUAUGGACGCCGCGACCAUGCUGUCAAGCAUAUCAAUACAAAACAUCCCGGCUCAACCGACGGCCCCGUUCCAGGAACCUAUCGACUUCAAACGACAUAGUAUUAAGGGAAACAACAACGUAACAAUUAGGACGAAAUCAAAGCUAAUCAUCGGGUCGAUGCUCUGAAUGGAUAGACUGCAAGUGCGAUGAAAUGCCCGUGUCGCUGACUUACGCCCGAUAAGCAGACUGAAAAAGUGUCUGAUGUCUGGGCUGCCAAUCAUGGGAGGUACGAACAGGUAAUGACUACCACAGUGGUAC